AUGUCUGUAGCCGAGAACUCCAAAGGAAAUGCGCAGGUUGAUGCAAAAGCUGCGACAGACGGUCCAGUGAGGCGAAUAUCUUCUGUUCAGGAACCUGGCAAGCUAGGAGCGGGACAUGUAAUCCGAAAGGUUUCUACGGUCCAAAUGGUGGAUCCAAAGGACAGUCAUCAAGGCACGCUUAUAACGACCGCGAAUUCGUCGGGCUGCGAUGAGAGCGAAACGGGUUCCACAAGAACGGGUGGAACAGCUUUGUCCGCUUUCCGUAAGAAUGUCCGCAAGAUGUCAAUGUGGGGGAUGGCGGGACGUAUUAUGACAGGGCAAGAAAAGCCGAGACAAAAACCGCAAGUAAAACUGGAACCGACUUAUAAAAUGUCUCCCGAUCAACGUCGAAGAUUCGAUUCGUCGAGGGUGGAGAGAAUGCUGAAUAACGUGCUAAAUGCGCAAUUGUCCAAUGAAACAUAUGACCCUGUUGUGUCGACAAGGUUGGCUUCCAGAAUUUCCGAUAUCAUCAAGAAUAAAACAAAAAUGAUGGGAUUUGAUCGUCAUAAAAUUAUAUCUCACGUUAUUAUAGGAAACAUGUUUGACCAAGGCACCGAAGUCUGUAGUCGCUGCCUCUGGGACGACCACAACGAUAACUAUGCUUCUGCGUAUUUUCGAAACGGUUCGUUGUUUGCUGUCGCCACGAUUUAUGGCGUGUAUUUUGAAUAA